GUCAUGGCUGCCACUAGCUGAGGAUCGGCGUUUACUACCCGUCAUGGCUGCCACUAGCUGCUGAUCAGCGUUCACGACCGAUCAUGGCUGCCAGCAGGGCUCUCGCAGUGCUGGCCUCCACCUGCCUUCUGCUGUUGCUGGGACACCACCUGGUGUCCGCUUCUGCAAGGAGGACGGCCAGGAAUGUGCCGCUGCUCGUCUUCCCCAACGGCGGCACUUUCAAGUUUGUCGUAGGCAUAACGACGCCGGUGAAGCUGCCCAACCGCACCAUGGUGAUGCAGCUGCAGUUCCAGUGGCUGUACGCCGAGAUGACCAACAUCAGCCAGGCGGAGCAGGACCUGCAGGUGACGGUGGGGCGGGCCGCAGCCUACGGCGCCAUCUCCUCCAUCAUGGACGGCUUGGGUGUGGACGGUCACUCGUGCCUGCUGAGGGCGAUCUGCGAGGCUGCCGAAACGCCGCUACUGCACGACGGACUGCUCGGGGAGUUGGCACACCUGCUACUUUCAGAAAAACUGGAUUUACUGAUCAUGCAAGAGCUACGAGAAACAAAGUCGCUGUUGCAGCAGUCAGUGUGGCCAGAAAGAGCAGGUGGUAAAAAAAGCCCGGGCAACCAGGAGGAGGAGCUGCAGGAGCACAGGGAGGCGCGGGAGGCGGGCAGAGGCGGCGGGGGCGGCAGGGGCGGCGCGUGCCUGCGGCGCUACGACGCCUGCCGCCCGGGCCACGGGCUGCUCGACGCCGUGUCCAAGCUUUUCACCGCCUGA